CCAAGUGUCUAGACAACGGACUUCGGCGGGUCUAGAUAGGUAUCUAUGCCUUCAUAUCGUGAAACCGUUCGUAUAUAACGGUUCUUUGAUUCCUGUCGCUUAUCAGCCCAGUCACUAAAAUCCUCGUUGAUCGAUGUGUAUAAUAUCGUCUGUUAAGGCCAUCCUUGUAUAAAUAAAUAUCUAGGUAAUACCCAUCGCCUUUUGUCUUUCUAUCAAUCAUCAAUUCGCAAUGGACGGCCCCGAUCAAAUCGGGCCUGAUACAGGCCCGAAACGAACAAUCUCGGAUCGCUUUCGACGAGCGGUCCGGUCAUUCACAACCAAAGAAGGCCUCAUCGGUGAUUACGACUAUGCCCUCCUCUUCAGACCAAAUCUCCCAUUCAUGAAAAAAGCGCGGUCGCGCGCUCCAUUUUUCGGGCUUCACGACAGAAUCCCCAUUCUCUUAGCGCUGCUGCUCGGUCUGCAACAUGCCUUGGCCAUGCUGGCGGGCGUAAUCACUCCGCCAAUUAUCAUCGGCGGAGUCGCGAAUUUCGAUAGCUCAACAUCGCAAUACCUCGUUUCAACAUCGUUGAUUGUCUCCGGGAUCUUGUCCGCCAUUCAAAUUACUCGAUUCAGUAUCCCCAAGACACCAUAUUAUCUCGGCACGGGUCUGAUUUCUGUCGCGGGUACAUCAUUUUCUACCCUGACCAUUGCCAACAAUGCACUGUCUCAAAUGUAUGCGUCGGGAUACUGCCCGGUCGACCCCGAAACAGGCGCAAAACUCGCCUGUCCUCACGGCUACGGCGCUAUACUAGGCACAUCCUGCCUCUGCGCAUUACUCGAAAUUGGACUCUCGUUCGUCUCGAUUGAUAUCCUCAAGCGAGUUUUCCCGCCUCUAGUCACCGGUCCUACAGUGCUCUUGAUCGGUGUCAGUCUGAUUGAGAGCGGCUUGAAAGGUUGGGCUGGUGGAUCUGGGAACUGCUCUAUGGACCCUUCAUCUCGCGCACUCUGUCCCUCUGCCACAGCACCACAUGCGUUACCCUGGGGAAGCGCCGAGUUUAUCGGACUAGGAUUCUUGGUGUUUUUAACCAUCAUCUUAUGCGAACGUUUCGGAUCCCCUAUUAUGAAAUCCUGCUCCGUCGUUUUGGGUUUGCUAGUUGGCUGUAUCGUUGCAGCUGCAUGCGGUUAUUUCGACCGUUCAUCCAUCGACGCCGCCCCCGUCGCGUCAUUCAUUUGGGUCAAGACAUUCCCGCUGAAAAUCUAUGCCCCGCUAAUCCUCCCCUUUUUGGCGCUCUAUAUCGUCCUUAUGAUGGAAACCAUCGGCGACGUUACAGCCACCUGUGACGUCUCCCGCCUCGACGUCGAGGGCGAACUAUUCGACUCCCGAAUUCGUGGUGGUGUUCUCGCCGACGGAUUCGCAGGUUUGCUCGCCGGUCUCUGUACAAUCACCCCAAUGUCCACAUUCGCUCAAAACAAUGGCGUUAUUGCUCUCACCCGCUGUGCAAGUCGUAGGGCCGGUUAUUUCUGUUGCUUCUUUUUGAUUGUGAUGGGUAUCUUCUCCAAAUUCGCUGCGGCAUUGGUUGCUAUUCCUUCCCCUGUAUUGGGGGGUAUGACGACGUUCUUGUUUUCGUCGGUUGCUAUUUCCGGUAUUCGUAUUAUUGCCACUAUGCCGUUUACGCGUCGGAAUCGUUUCAUUUUGACCGCUGCGUUUGCAGUUGGUAUGGGCGCUACGCUUGUGCCGGAUUGGUUUUCAUAUGUGUUUACAUAUCACGGUAACAAUAAGGGAUUGACUGGUCUUAUUGAUGCGAUUGAGUUGAUUAUGACGACCGGAUUUGUGGUUGCGGGUUUGCUGGCGUUGGUUUUGAAUCUGUUGCUUCCGGAGGAAGAUGAUGAGGAAGACACUGAUACUCGUUUGUUGGAUAGUGAUACGACUGUUGAAGAGAAUAAGACAGCAGCAGCGUCGGCAAAUCCAACUCUCUCGUCGAGUGAUAAUGGCGAGGGGAAGUCGGCGAAACUUUCAUAA